GCGACUGGUGGAGACGAGACCGCGGCGGGGCUGCAGCGUUGUCCCGGCGGAGCCCUGAGUUACGGAGCAGAGGGCGCGGGGAGCUCCUGGUGGAAACAAGCUACAGUAACAAAAGAUACUUGUGGAUAUUCAUUUUAUUGUUAAAUUAUUUGGAAGCCUGAUAACUGCCUUACUGGAAGUGAAUCCUUCAAAUUUACCACUAUGGCUCUGACUGUUACAUUGCUGAGCAGUACUUUUGUACGUAGUAGAUGCUGCAGACACAAAGUCUUUCAUCCUUUUCUUGGACCUCUCCUCACUGAUUCUGUGUCAAAAUUGUAUAGCAGCUACAGGAGGCCAGGGUCACAGCCGGAAAAAACACCAUCUUGGCAAAAGAGUGAUUUCAGUUUUAAGAAGGGAAUAGAUGUCUUAAAGACUCAACUAGGAUUGCUGAAGAAGGAGAUUAAAGAUCACUUAAUAGGACCUGAAGGCCAUCCACUCAGUGAGCACAUAUUAGAACAGACAAGGGUGGUAUGGGUAUUCCGGAGCCAAGAAGAUUUAAAUAAAUGGGUAAUUUCCUCUGAUGUAGAAAUUGGAGGGAAAAGUGAAGUUUACCUGAAAUUGGGUAGGAAUAACCAGGCUGCUCUACUGUAUGGGACCCUCAAUACUGAAGUACCUCGUGAUGGGGAGACAAAAUACAGUGGAUACUGUAGUAUGAGAUCCAAACCACUAGUGGGAUCUUUUGCUAAGAAGAAGUAUUAUGACUGGUCAAACUUCAAUAGUCUGUAUUUACGUGUUCGUGGUGAUGGCAGACCUUGGAUGAUAAACAUUUAUACAGACCCCUACUUCUCCCAUCACAAAGAUGAUCUGUACAACUACUUCAUGUUCACCAGAGGAGGGCCAUACUGGGAAGAAAUAAAGAUUCCAUUCUCCAAGUUCUUUCUGUCCAGUCGAGGAAGAAUCCAGGAUGACCAGCAUCCUCUCUGGUUAGACAAGAUAAGUACCCUUGGAUUCACAUUGGGAGAUAAAGUAGAUGGUCCAUUCCAGCUGGAGAUUGAUUUUAUUGGCCUGAUCAAUGACAGAGCUCAUACAGAAGUAUUUGCAUAUGAGAAAUAUGAAAAGAAUCCUCAAGUCUAAGAUGGUCUUCCUGUCCUUUGGAGUACACUUAAGCUGCUUAAUUCUUAUAAUUCUCCUUGAAGUGUAGGUUGUAACUUAGUAUUUACAUAAUGUUCUUCAAAUUGUUAAAAGCAUGAACUGGUGUCUGAAGUAAUGUGGCUGUUGGAUUCUGUUUGGCAGCUAGAAGAUGCCUAGGGGGACUGUAUGUACAUGGACUGGAAUGGAACGUAGCCUAAGGCAAGUUCUGAUACAUAUCUACAAAGUAGUAACUGUUGACUAUAUAAAGCUUGGCUUCUGUCCUGACCAUUACAGAAAAUAAAAACACUUUGUGA